UGCUGUUCAAAGCUCUGGGAGGGAAAAGACCCGGUCCUGGUCUCUGCGGCUCCAGCUGCAGCCUCAUCCAGAUUCUCUGUUCAUCUAGGAAAUCUGGGGGAAAGUGUCCAGUCCAGCCACAUCUUUUUGUUUAAUCCAAACUGCAGCAGAGGACCACUGAUGCCCAGAGAGAUGACGUGCGCUCAGAGGACGAUCCCUUCACCACCUCGGAGCGGCCUGUGAUCAAUGGCAGCCUCCGUCCAGACUCUUCCUCUGACUCGCGGGCCCAGCCAGAACUUCCGCUGUUUCCCAGCCUCUCCUCUUUCUUCACAUUGCGGCAUGGGCAGUGUAGGCAGUCUGGUGGAGAGGCCAGAUGUGUCUCCGACUAAAGGCAACCGUGCCGUGCCCCAGGUGAGACCCAAACAGACCAACGGCCUCCUGAAGAAAGGCCUGACCCAAAGAGAGAUACUGAACUACCUCAACAUCACCAGAAAAGUGCCAAAAGGAGGGUCGAGUGCUGACGGCAAGAGGGACGUCAUCGUUGGCCAAGAGGAGGACGACGUUUACGCCAAAAUCUACGCUAAAAAUGGCACUGAAGUCGACCUGACUAAAAACUCACUGCCGAGUGGGGGGAAGUACGAAAAGAUCCGUUUCAGGUCUUCUGCCUUCAAGCUCGUCACCCCUAAAAACUUCAGCUCCAUGCAGAACCUCUAUCCGUCUUCCAAGUCGGAGGAUAUGGAUCGCAGUCUUUCCAACGGACUGCACAGAGCGUACGGCCACGUCCCCAAAACGCUCUCCACCUCGUCGUCUUCUUCCUCUCCCUCCCGUCAUGGAGGACCAACGCCCGGGGCAAACCAGGCCCUCCCAUCGGCACGUGUAAUGAGCCAGGAGGAUGAUAACCUGUCGGACUCGGGCCAUAACUCCAUGAGCAGCCUGCCGCCGUACCGCCCUCCCUUCCGCCCACAUCUGGCUCACAUCAGUGCAUCGAUGGGCCAGAUCAACACCAUCGGCUCUCUGGACCGAAAGUCUCAGACCCUGAAGGCCGUGGGCUCAGGAGGCGUGGCCAUAGGGGAGAUGGCGUGUCGAAGCAUGGCCACUCUGAGCCGCCUGACUCCAUACGGAGAGGCUCCACCUCCUUACGAAUGGACGCUGUCCCUCUCUGUGGAGGACGUGGUGAGGGAUCUGGAGGAGCGCCUGGUGGAGAAGGAGCAUGAACUGAACCAGAUGAAGCGGAACCUGGACGAGAGCGAGGGCGCCAUCGCUCAGGUGUUCGAAGGGAAACAGCGUCUGUGGGAGAAGGAGGUGGAGGAGCUGAAGUGCCUGUAUGCUGCGAAGCUGCGCCAGGUCACCCAGCAUGCUCAGCGCUCGCAGCGCAGCUUCCAGCUGCAGCUGUUUAAGGCCGAGCAGGAGAAGAAUCGACUGCAGGAGGAGCUCGACGGCCUGAAGAGGGAAAUGAGCCGAGAGGCUUCAGCCAUGCCAAAAGUAACGAGUCCCACUCUGGAGGAGACGCAGUGGGAGGUUUGUCAGAAAUCAGGGGAGAUCUCGUUGCUGAAGCAGCAGCUGAGAGACUCCCAGGCAGAGGUGACCCAGAAGCUGAGCGAGAUCUUCAAGCUGAAGACGCAGCUCAGAGAAACCAGAGCGGCGCUGCGCAGCCGAGACUCUCAGAUCGAUGCUCUACAGCUCAUGCUGCAGGGGACACAGCGUGAAAGGUUCUCCUCUCCAGGUCCACGUGAGAACGGAAAAGAAGCCGAAGAGAAUCCAUCGACUGGAGGAGUAACAGGAGGCUCCACAGAGGAGCGUCUGCGUGCGGAGCUGCUCCUGGAGCGACGACAGAGCGAAGCCCAGGCCUCGGCUUUCGAGGAGGAGCGGCACACGUGGCAGAUGGAGAAGGACAAGGUCAUCCGCUACCAGAAGGAGCUGCAGGCCAGCUACUUGGAGAUGUACCACCGCAACGAGGCGCUGGAGAGGGAGCUGCAUCAGCUGAGGGCAGGCAAAGGAGAGGGAGGGGGCGGAGAUGGGAUGCUGGAAAGGGACACACCUGAGCUGAAGGCUGUGAGAGCAGGUGAAGACCUCGAGGACACGCCUUCAUCAAUGCUGCCGUGGAUAGAGAGGAUCGAAUCAUCAGAAAUUUGAAUGAGACACUUGUUUGCAAUGCAAACCUCUCCCCACUAAAUGGAAGAGCUACUGUAUACGGAAGAGUAUUUCAGACAGGAAAAGACUAAAUAAACCUUAUAAAUCUCUAAAUUGCAAAGUGGUAAAUAUAUGAAAUAAAAAUAUGAAUACACAGAAUAAAAAGUUUACUUUGGCAAAAAUAUUGGAAAAACAAUCGAUGCCAGUCAUAUCUGUAUUUUUUUAACCACUUCUGAUAGUGUGUGAUCUUUUCUUGACAAGAAAAACAUGCAACAGUUUAUCCAAACUACAACUUAUCUUUGAUAAUUCAAAGCCAAUUAAAAAAGGAAAAGACCAAAAGCUUAAUGUACAGUUAGAAGUAAGAAGCAUUAAAUGUUAAAAAGUUCCUUUUAUUCAUUUUUUUUCUUCUCCUAGUAGUAAAUGCUUCCAUAAUCUGCUCUCUAAUCUCUUGUUCACUUCUGUUGGAUUUAUGAAGCCCCCAUCCUGUACAGACCGGACGUACAGGACCCUCCUGACCACCGCCGAGUCCAUCUCAAUUCCACCUUUGCAGAAGAACAUAAAAUUUUGUAAAAUAACCACCUAAACUGCCCUACUGAAAUCUUCUGUACACAAACUGAUGACUGCAAAUGUUUUCUCUAUUUGGACUGAUGUCACGUCCUCACCGUAACCAAAGCAUUUAAAUGCAUUUAGUGGUGUCCAAGAACAACCUGGAAACUGUUCGUCUGCAGAAAGAAGAACACGGAGGUUUCAGCUGAGCCCGUCAACAUGUAAACAUAAAUAUGAACAAUAAUUGCUGUGUAUUGCCUCUGUACACGAUGCUACAUCUUUCACUGAGAGAACUGUGUGUACUUAAAGCAAUAGUUCAGUUCUUUUGGAGCUGGGGUUCUAUAGAAUAGUUAUGAACAAUAAAUAUCUUACCUGUUGUAGAUGGAGCUUUGAACAACCUUAGUUCAACAGUUUAAAUCUAACCAGACUGACAAGCGAACAGAUGUCUUUAAACCAUCAUAAGUGAACACUUUUACAUGUCUGUACAUUUUAAAUUAUGCAGUAAUGUUCAUAAAAUCUGUGGUUGUCCAAAGUGCAGAUAGUCUUUCCAGAGCAGCCUGGGAGUAUGAGAAUAACUCUAUAAUUCAUGAGGUUUUAAAUUAGUUUCAAACUACAUAGUUCAUCUGGCAGAAACACUAAUAUGUGUUGGAAAUGUUACAGCUAGCUGAAUGUUGCUGCUACGGCAAAUAACCUGUGAAUUUUAACUAAAUAUUUUUGCUACGCAGAAUAAAUUGUAACAUAGCCUUUGCGUGAACCAAUUUAAAAUUUGGGAUAUAAAUAUCUGAGAAAACAAAAGCUGUCUCUAACAUGCUCAGACUACCGUUAGCUUGUCAGUUUGGUCAAAGAGCCAUCUGCAACAGGUAAAACACUGAUUGCUCAUAACCUUUCCACUUCAAAAGAGCUGAAUUCACCCCUUUACUGGAAGUGUCAACUUUUCCCACUCGUCACGUCUUCUUUAGACAAGAUCCUCAUAUAUUGUACAAAAGUUUUAUUCUAUUGAGCUUUUGAGGUUGUAUUUCACAUCUGUGUACUUCCACGUAUUUUAAAUCCCAAUGAAAGUGAUCAGUAGCUGCAAAUGAUUCCUGCUUACUGGUGCAGUUUGAUGCAAAAAGUGGUUGCAUGACGUGGGUGGAAAACCACUUAAUGUAUUGAUUAACAUGUGAGCGUUUAAACAGCUCUCCCUGCAUAUCUUUGAACAGACCGACCGAUUGAAAUAAAAAAAACAUG